CAGGAUCUCCCUAUAUUAGCCCUUUCCUACAUCUCUCCACACAGCUCAACCUCUCUCUCUCUCGAUCUUGCUCUCUGGUCAGCCAUGGCGAUCGAGAGACGGAACCCUCGCAUUCUCUCUCUCCUCUCUCUGCUCUCUCUCGUCGCUAUCGUAUCUGCUGAAGUGUUCCUCGAAGAAAAUUUCGGAGAUGGAUGGGAAAAUCGAUGGGUUAAAUCCGACUGGAAGAAAGAUGAGAACAUGGCUGGGGAAUGGAACUACACCUCUGGUAAAUGGUAUGGAGACGCCAACAAUAAAGGCAUCCAGACUGGCGAAGACUACAGAUUCUAUGCUAUCUCAGCUGAGUUUCCUGAAUUCAGCAAUAAGGACAAGACAUUAGUUUUCCAGUUUUCUGUGAAACAUGAGCAGAAACUUGACUGUGGUGGUGGCUAUAUGAAGUUGCUCAGUGGUGACAUUGAUCAAAAGAAAUUUGGUGGUGAUACCCCAUACAGUAUCAUGUUUGGACCAGAUAUCUGUGGCUACAGCACCAAGAAAGUCCAUGCCAUUCUUACAUACAAUGGAACAAAUCAUUUGAUCAAGAAGGAUGUCCCUUGUGAGACUGACCAGCUGACCCAUGUUUAUACAUUUAUCCUCCGUCCAGAUGCUACCUACAGCAUCCUCAUUGACAAUGUACAGAAACAGUCUGGUACCCUGUAUAAGGACUGGGAUAUUCUCCCACCAAAGAAAAUCAAAGAUCCCGAGGCCAAGAAACCUGAAGAUUGGGAUGAAGUAGAGUACAUUGAUGAUCCUGAAGACAAGAAACCUGAAGGUUAUGAUGACAUCCCACUUGAGAUACCAGACACUGAUGCAAAGAAGCCUGAGGACUGGGAUGAUGAGGAGGAUGGGGAAUGGACAGCCCCAACCGUCGCAAACCCAGAUUACAAGGGACCAUGGUCGCCGAAGAAAAUUAAGAACCCCAACUACAAAGGAAAAUGGAAGGCACCAUUGAUUGAGAACCCAGAUUUCAAAGAUGACCCAAAUCUCUAUGUUUACGACAAGUUGAAGUAUGUUGGCAUUGAGUUGUGGCAGGUUAAAGCUGGAACCUUGUUCAGUAACAUCUUGAUUUGUGACGACCCGGAGUAUGCGAAGAAGCUGGCUGAAGAGACAUGGGGCAAAAACAAGGAUGCUGAGAAGGCAGCCUUUGAUGAGGCAGAGAAGAAAAGAGAAGAGGAGGAAUCAAAGGGUGGUCCGGUUGAUUCUGAUGCUGAGGAUGAAGAUGAUGAUGCUGAUGCUGAUGCUGAUGAUGCUGCUGGGGAUGACUCUGAUACAGAAGCCAAAUCAGAGUCUAGCCAAGAUGAAAAGGAUGAUGAUGUUAAAGAUGAACUGUGAGGGAAGAAGAGAUGGCAAUGCGGAUUUCUGCUGACACUAUUUGAUUUGGGGAUGAAGCCUGGGCAGUUGGGCGCUCAAUUGUUUUACCUUUUUUCUUUUUUGCCUUUUUUUGAGUUUUUAAGUUUUAGAAGGUAGGUGUCUUUCUAAGGGAAAAAGAAACAUUUGAAGGCUGCAUGGGAAGUCUUGUCAGGCUCUCUGAUUGUGUGCUUUAAAAUGGCAUUUUGACUGCUGAGUCAUUAGAACAGAAAGGGGAAAUGUUGUCUAUUUUUGUUUUUAUUUACAUGAAUGAAAUGAAUCUUGGGCAGCAAAUAUCAUUGAAGCCACCCC